GCCACCACUGCGAAUUGACAGCUUUCAAAUUUUCUUUCAGCUGCUGAUCUGCGGCUAACUUCAUGUUUCUUUCUUUUUGACGUGCUCUUUUAGAAAAAGUGCUCUGAUAUGACUAUUCGCCCUGCAUAUAGGCCCAAAAUUGUGAAGAAGCGCACUAAGCACUUCAUUCGCCACCAAUCUGAUCGGUAUGCCAAAUUGUCGCACAAAUGGCGCAAACCAAAGGGUAUCGACAACAGAGUACGUCGUCGCUUUAAGGGUCAAUAUUUGAUGCCAAACAUUGGUUAUGGUUCAAACAAACGUACCCUUCAUAUGCUCCCAACCGGCUUCAAGAAGUUCCUGGUUCACAAUGUUAAAGAGCUAGAAGUUUUAAUGAUGCAAAACCGUGUGUACUGUGGUGAAAUCGCCCAUGGCGUUUCUUCGAAGAAGCGCAAGGAAAUUGUUGAACGUGCCAAACAAUUGUCAAUCCGUUUGACAAAUCCAAAUGGUCGCGUUCGUUCACAAGAAAAUGAAUAAACGUUCCAAGUUUAUUACAAUUAUUUUGUAUUUUAUUCUUGAAAGAGGACAUGAAUAUAAAACGUAGACUUAA